UCCCCAAAAACAAUUCCAAAUUCCAAAUUUUUGAAUUCAAAAUUCAUAGAUGGGCUCGAACGGUCGCCGUACCUUCCCGCCGAUCUCGAAGUUCUCCGCCGCGGCGCGCGGCGGCGGCGGAGGAGGAGGAGGGGUGGCGGCGGCGGACCUGGACGGGACGCUGCUGGUGUCGCGGAGCUCGUUCCCGUACUUCUUCCUGGUGGCGGUGGAGGCGGGGAGCUACCUCCGGGGGCUGGCGCUGCUGCUGCUGGCGCCGGUGAUCCUCGCGCUCUACGUCGCGGUCUCGGAGCCGGCGGCGAUCGAGCUCCUGAUCUUCGCGUCCAUGGCGGGGCUGCGCGCGCGCGACGUCGAGGCGGCGGCGCGGGCGGUGCUGCCGCGGUUCUACGCGGCGGACGUGCGGGCGGAGGCGUGGGAGGCGUUCCGGGCCUGCGGCGGGCGGCGGAGGCUGGUGGUGACGGCGAACCCGCGCGUGAUGGUGGAGGGGUUCGUCGGCGAGUGGCUCGGCGCCGAGGUGGUGGGCACGGAGAUCGAGGUGGAGCGCCGGACGGGGCGCUGCACGGGGCGGGUCCGGCCGCCGGGGGUUUUGGUCGGGGACAAGAAGAGGGUGGCGCUCCAGAAGGUUCUCGGGCCCGGGGUACGGCCCGACUUGGGGUUGGGGGAUCGAGACUCCGACCACGACUUCAUGGCCAUUUGCAAGGAAGCAUACAUGGUUCCCCCAAACCCUGAGGCAGCCCGGGUGGCCCCGGAGAAGCUGAACUCGCCGGUCAUCUUCCACGACGGCCGCCUCGUGCGCCGGCCCGACCCGCUGACGGCCCUGCUGACCGUCCUCCCGGGCUCCCUCUUCGUCUGCAACCACCGCACCGCCCUCGACCCCAUCAUCGUCACCGUCGCCCUCGGCCGCCCCGUCUCCUGCGUCACCUACAGCGUCAGCCGCCUCUCCGCCGCCCUCUCCCCGAUCCCCGCCGUCCCCCUCUCCCGCGACCGCGCCACCGACGCCGCCCGCAUCAAGGCCCUGCUCCAGCGCGGCGACCUCGUCGUCUGCCCCGAGGGCACCACCUGCCGCGAGCCCUUCCUGCUCCGCUUCUCCGCGCUCUUCGCCGAGCUCGCCGACCGCAUCGUGCCCGUCGCCAUCGACACCGCGCAGGACGUGUUCUACGGCUCCACGGUGCGCGGCUGGAAGUGCAUGGACCCCUACUUCUUCUUCAUGAACCCGCGGCCCGGCUACACCGUGACGUUCCUCGACCCGCUGCGGCCGGAGGACACCUGCGGAGGCGGCGGCCGCUCCCCCGUCGACGUCGCCAACCACGUGCAGCGCCUGAUCGCCGCCGAAUUAGGGUUUAAGUGCACCAUGCUCACCAGGAAGGACAAGUACAUGAAGCUUGAUGGGAACGAUGGCAAAGUCCACUCUAAUAAGAAUAAGAUCAAAUCCUCCUCCUCCUCCGAAAAAGAGCAAAAGGAACACUAGCGAAAAUUAUGUGUACAAUGACAUAUAAAGAUAAAAUAAUAUAGCUGAACUAUGAAUUAUUUUGAGUCGGCGAUUUAAUCUUUUAAACUUUUAA